AUGAGCUCCGUCGGAGCGGGUUCAGCGGCCGCUGGCCACGGUAACAGGAACAUGGCUUCUGCCGAACAGGACUACCAAGUUAUCCUGCCAACGCUUCCAACAGGUACAACAAUUUUGAAUACUGCUUUUUUGCACGCCGAUGUGACCAUGAGGCCAUACCGCCUGGAACAUUUUCGUGACGGCCUGGUUGGCCUGGCGCUGCUCCCCGAGGUGGUCGCCUUGGGGGCGUACCAGUACAACCACGUUUGGGCCGUCACUUUCAAGAGUGUCGAGGGCAAGAAAAAACUGCUCGCCGCCGGGGACUUCACAGUCAAGGAGGGUCGGUGCGUCGUUGUCGACCCAAGCAACCAGGACACGCGUCUGAAGCUCCACUGGCUGCUGCACCACGUCCCGGACGACGAAGUGCGAGUAGCCUUGGCGCCCUACGGAAAGGUAACGGAAGUCGCCAGAGACGUGUGGCGGGCCCAGGGGUGCGCCGGCAUCUGGUCCACGACGCGCUCUGUGUCCAUCAGGCUCAAGGCUGUACUCACCGUGGACUCCCUCCCUCAUCAGCUGCGCGUCGCUGGGGACCUGGCGCUCGUGGUUGUACCGGGCAGGGCGCCGCUGUGCCUCCGGUGCCGAGGGAAAGGCCAAAUUCGCCCAGAGUGUCGUGUGCCGCGUUAUGCUCUUUGUCGGCGCUUCGGCCACGAAGACAGCCAGUGCGUAAGGACGUACGCAAGCGUCACGGGGCCCGUGGGGAAUGAGGACACGUCCGAGUUACUCAUGGAUGUGGUCGAGUCCCAAGAAGCAGCCGGCGGCGAAGGUGGCGAGCCUCCCACAGAGGCGACGCCCACCGAGCUUUCUACCGGGGGCAGAGCCGACAGCGGGAGCGGCGGUGAGCGACGCCUUCGGCCUGAGGCGCAGCCUGUGGGCGAUACCCCUGCUUCGAAAGGUGUCACAGAGACCGCAGUUUCGGCUGUGGCGGCGACGCCCAGCGAGGAGUCGGAAGCCAUGAGCGUCGAGGAGGCAGGCUCCAGCGGCGCAGUCCCCAAGCGGGCUCGCGAAGACGUCGACGAAGGUCUAAUCGUACCCCCAGCUGAGGUGAAAACCCAAGCGAACGUCACUCCAACGCGAGAAACGGCAGGCAGCGGGCCUACUCACCCUCUGCCGCCCCAAGAACCCGACGGCAAAGAAGACGAACACCAGGCACACCGGGCGUCAGUAGCCCCCGCCCAAAAGGCGGACCACGAGGACGACGGCGUCCAAAUGGAGGCCGUGGACGGCUCUGCCAAGCGGCCUCUCCCGCCAUCAGCUACACCGGACGACGAGCACCCAGCGGAGCUCCAGAACACGGUGCUCGAAAGGUGGAGAACGGUCAUGUCCAAGAGGGGCAAAUACCAAGGAGGAAGGCCUCGAACCUCGGUGGAGGUCAAGCCUCGGGAAGAACCGCGGUGA